AUGAGUGACAAUGAUAUUUGUCAGCCAGACAAGAUAGCUUUUGGUGAAGACGAGAAACGAGAUACGAAAGCAAAUCUUAUACCAGAGAGUCUGCACACUGCUUCAACAAAAUCCGAUGAAAGUGUAAAGGAUUUAUUUCAAUUAGCGCCAGAGAUACUUGAUGUACACCAUAAAGAAGAGCAAGAAGGAGACGUUGCGAUUGAAUCUCAUGAAAACAAGGACGAUCUUGAACCAUUCCUUCUUCAAAACAAUGAUAACAUGGUCCAACGUAAUACAACUAGUGAUGAUCGGAUAUUUGUGGGCAUUAAAGGAAGCAACCCUUCUUAUUCCUCAGACGAUUGUUCUGAAUCUCUUGAUCUUGAAUCAAGUAGUAAUGAAAGUGCCAACUCAGAUCAAGAUUCGGAUCUGGAUUCAGAGUCAGAGUCUGACUCCGAAUCUGAAACAGAGUUAAACUCGGUUGAAGCCAACGACCUAAUCCAUGACUCCGAAGAUGAAACAUCCCCAGCAAUUGGGCCCAUUAGAUCGAAAAAUGAAGUUGUGGAUGAAAAGGCUCCUGAAUUGCCCAAAGAUUUAGUUAUUGACGAAGGCACUCCAGUAGAAUUAAUUGGUGAAAUAAGCGCUUGUGUCGAAAGAAGUGUGGUUAUCAAGGCGUACGCAUCAGGUGAAUUCAGAGUUCUCAAAGAAAAUUCUGUACUCUGCUUGGAAGAUAGAACUAUUCUGGGUCCUUUAUUUGAAAUUUUUGGAAAGUUGGAAACUCCUUUUUACAGGGUGAAAUACAAUUCCGUUGAAGAAUUUGAAAAUUUCAAACAUAUGAAGGGCACUAAAGUUUACUAUCUAGUCCCGCAAUCAGAAUUUCAAUAUACAGAGAAAAUAAAAUCUGUAAAGGGAACUGAUGCUAGUAAUUGGCAUGAUGAAGAGAUCCCCGAAGAAGAACAAGAAUUCUCUGAUGACGAGAAGGAACGAGCAUUUAAACAGUCAAAGAAGAAGAAAAAGAACAAGAAUAAGAAUAAGACUGCCAGGGAUGAAGAUAAGAAUUCUAGCGAGCCAUCUGCGAAAAGGAGACAGAAUCAAGUACCAAACGGAUAUACCAACUUUACUCAGUUGCCAAUCAAGUAUAGUUUGCCACAAAACUCUAAAGUGGAUCCGUCGGUGCAGCAGCAAAUUCUUCCUACCACAACUCAAAGACAUGCACUAUUGGAAUCCCAAAGUCAACCUCAACUCACAAGUCCAAUUCACGCUCCAGAACGGCGAUCAAUCUCUUCUCAAUCUCAACUUCACUUGCAACAACCGUCUCAUCCUCAAUUUGUACCUCAUGACCAUAGUAUUGCACUUACACAUCCUCAAAAUUAUUCACCAAAUGAACCUUCACUCAAGAAUAUUGAAAUGAAUUCCGCUUAUGAUCAAACUCCACCACAGCAGGCUUAUUAUCCUCCCCAGCCAUAUGGAAUUACUCAAACUCACAGUCAGAAUAAACAAGCUCUUCAGAAUGGAAUGAGUCUUGAUACGGCGUCCAUGAGCGAAUCUGAGCUGAAACUGCAACUACAAAUGCAAUUUCAGAUAAUGAACCAGCUAGCUAGCCAACUAAACCAUCAGCAACAACAAAACAGCAGAUACACAACCGGUCACUUACCCCCGUAUAAUCAAAGAAAACAACCUCCUCCAGGGAAUAAUUAA